CCCUGUGUAUUUACCUGACCUAUUCCACGUCACCCUCAUGCAGAAAGUACUUUUCCUAACUACCAGGUGAUGAAUGAUUACAAGCACUUGAUUACUGGCAUGUAGACUUUGAAAACAUUUGAAGGGAAAAAAAAUAGUAUAUACAUUUUUCCACAUUAUGGUUAAUAUAAAACAGGAUUUGUUUUGCCACUUCCUUUAACAUACCCCUUCUUUAGGUGUAUUAGAAGAGUUUGAAAAUGUUACACCCCCCAAUGGUUUCUCCCCCAGUCAGGCAGAAGCUUGAGAAUGGCUGUGAUCAAAACCCAGGGAUGUAAAUGCAUACCUGUAUUGAAGUUGCCAUUCUGGCAAAGCUUGCCCUCUAAAAUAAUACACACUUAUUUUCAGACAUCCUGCCCGUCACAUAUGUAGCUUUGUUUUGUAUUUUGCAUACUUCUGUCUCCAGGGUGAGGUGUCCUGGUUUGUGUCGGUUACUUUUGAGGAUGAGUCUGCUUUGGACAGAGGAAUGUCUGACAGAUUAAAUCGUUUCAUUCAAAGCCGCUCUGUGAGAAUCUUUCUUUGGUCAUUCAGCGUCUCCAAGUACAGAUAGCAUAGUUAGGAGUGGUCUGGUGAAAUCUCUAGCCUUCCAGUUAGACAGAUCCAGACAAAUUCUAGGUUAUAAUUAUCCACAACAUUGUUGUGGAAGGCUCUUCUUGGAAAACGGUUUGCGUCAAGGCCUUAUACACAUGCGCAGACAUUCAACAUGGUUUUGCAACAUCCUGUCAUUUGAUGUUGUUAAGACAUCUGUCAUUUUAUAAAGUAAUUCCUGAAUUAUCAGACAGUUUAUUUAAAUGUUUACAUAUUCACUAAACUGUUAUUGUAUAUCAUACUGUAAGAAAAUAUGCAACCAUACAUAUACAUGGAAUGGACCAAGUUUAAUAUUUUUGUCAUGUUAUAAGACUGGCCCACAUCAAUUCAAUCCAUUUCAAGCUCUCUAGCUUAGAUUUGUUGUUUUUUUUAAAUGGCCCACAAACCUUUGGCUCUGUUAUCACUGCUAAGGCAGUAUACCCAAAGGUGCUGAAUAUUGCAUUGGUGUUUGAUACCCUCUUGUGGACAAUAGAUAACCCAGGUUUGCAUUUGCAUCUACCUAUGUGGCCUAUGAAAAACAAUAGAGUUGACAUGAAUGGUAGUAUUUUUACAUGGGAGUUAUUAUAUUUUUUCGCUUGCACAAGAACAUUUCGAGAGCACAGCAGAUGCUUUGUAGUUACUUUAUCAUGCAAAAUAAAAACUGCCUAUGUCCUCUUAGGGGCUUUGAGUUUCUGAAGCACAUGUUCACGUUUCUCGUGCAGAUGUCACUGUGGGAUAAUUAUAUCAGUUAAUAUCUUGUUUGUCUUUAUCUGCCACCUACAAUGAUACCCCUACAUAUCACACCUGGCUAAAAGAAAAAUAAUAUAUAUUUAUAUGUUACCAAAGGUUCACCCUCCCACUCCAACUUCUCUCAGCUGAAAACCUUCUGCAAAGGAAUACAGUCACUGCAGCUUCUACUGGACAGUGGAUCCUUGCCAGGAUGAAGAAAGGACGGAGCAGCCUGCUGAAGGAGGCAGGCAGUCUCCCACUGCAAAGCCCCAGCCAGGGUUUGACAUGAUCUACCGGAUUGAGGAUGUCCCACCUUGGUAUCUCUGUGCUCUUCUUGGCCUACAGCACUACUUGACAUGCUUCAGUGGAACCAUAGCCGUGCCCUUUCUGCUGGCGGAGGCCAUGUGUGUUGGGCGAGACCAGUCCACAGUCAGCGCACUGGUGGGAACCAUCUUCACCUGUGUGGGAAUUACCACCCUCAUUCAGACCACUUUUGGUGUCAGGCUUCCGUUGUUCCAGGCCAGUGCACUUGCCUUUCUCAUCCCUGCUCAGGCCAUUCUGAAGCUGGAUAGAUGGACUUGUCCUCCUGAGGAGGAGAUUUAUGGGAAUUGGACUCUGCCUCUCAACACCGCCCACGUCUGGCACCCCCGGAUCAGAGAGAUUCAGGGCGCCAUCAUCGUGUCAAGUUUGGUUGAGGUUGUGAUUGGUUUCCUGGGGCUCCCAGGCUUGCUGCUGAACGCCAUUGGUCCCCUGACAGUCACCCCUACCAUCUCCCUCAUCGGCCUGUCUGUCUUCCACACCGCAGGGGACAGGGCAGGGAGCCACUGGGGUCUGUCCGCGCUGUGUAUCUUCCUGAUAGUGCUGUUUGCCCAGUACUGGAGAAACUGGUCUAUACCCAUACCAACCUACAGCAGGGAGAAAGGCUGCACUACAACCAAAUUCCAGAUAUUCAAGAUGUUUCCGAUCAUCAUAGCCAUCAUGGUGGUUUGGCUGAUAUGUUACAUCCUCACCCUGACUGACCUUCUUCCAUCGGACCCGAACGACUACGGUUUUAAGGCUCGGACUGAUGCCCGUGGAGAGAUCAUGUCUCAGGCCCCCUGGUUUCGCAUACCCUACCCAUGCCAAUGGGGCUUGCCCACGGUGACAGUUGCAGGGGUGCUGGGCAUGUUCAGUGCCACCCUAGCUGGCAUCGUCGAGUCAAUCGGUGAUUAUUACGCUUGUGCCCGCCUCUCGGGGGCACCCCCACCCCCUAUUCACGCCAUCAACAGGGGGAUCUUCACUGAAGGCAUAUGCUGCAUCAUAGCAGGUCUGCUGGGCACAGGAAAUGGCUCGACCUCUUCUAGUCCAAACAUCGGAGUGUUGGGCAUUACUAAGGUUGGCAGCAGAAGAGUGGUCCAGUACGGUGCCAUUAUUAUGUUCAUUCUCGGAACAGUGGGAAAGUUCACAGCCCUGUUCGCCUCUCUGCCGGACCCCAUUCUUGGUGGCAUGUUCUGUACCCUUUUCGGAAUGAUAACAGCUGUGGGACUGUCAAACCUGCAGAAUGUGGAUCUCAACUCCUCCAGGAAUCUCUUUGUUCUCGGUUUCUCCAUGUUCUCAGGACUCAUGCUGCCCAAUUACCUGGACACACAUCCAGGAAGCAUCCAAACAGGUGUUCCUGAACUAGACCAAAUCUUCACUGUUUUAUUGACAACAGAGAUGUUUGUUGGAGGUUUCCUUGCAUUUGUAUUGGACAACACCAUUCCAGGGACGAAGAAGGAGCGUGGACUGUUGGACUGGAAGUCUGAAAGCGACUCCAACGGGAGCUCAGUCGACUCGUCCACCUACGACUUCCCCAUCGGCAUGAGCUGCGUACGGCGCCUGGACUGCCUGCGCCGCAUGCCCAUCUGCCCCAGCUUCCGAGGCUUUGGCUGGCUCAAGCGCAAGGCCAGGGCGCAGAGGACGGAGGACCUCAGCAAUGAUGAGGUGGCAGAGGCAGAUUACCCUGUAAAAGUAACGUCCACUAAAGUAUAACCUCACCUAUCCCCUGUAAAACUUUUCAUACAUUCUUUUUUAUAGGUAACUGAAGUUUGCCCAGAUUUUUGAUAAACUGUAUAGUAUUAUCAAUAAUGUCUUAUUUAUCAAUCUUUAAAAGUGAGUAAAUAAGUUCAUUAUAUUGUUUGUAUACAGUGUAUGUAUGGGUAUUUUUAGUUGUGAUUGCACGGUUUGCCCUGGGCCCACUGCCAACCUGGGGUAAUUGAAGUUCAUUGUACGGGUCCAAGUCAUGUUGUCCCAACUAAUCUCUGGGACAGCUGGACCAGAUUGGAUGUCAUUAAUCCUCACGAGACAUGUCUUAUUUUAUACAGUAUUAAAUAAACAACAACAGGCCUACAAUGGCACAGAAUGAUAGUUGGCGAUAGUUGGCUGCACUCACCUACCAAGUGCUGUCUGCUAGAUUUUUAUUGUCUGUUGUGAAAAGGACUCUAUUUUAAUGCACAACCUACUUUUGUUAAUGUAAAAACAGUAUGUAUACUUGGUUCAGGUCUUAAUUCAGACUAGAACGGGCACACACAAACAUCAUACAUUUCUGCCUAUAUUUCAUUAUUAUGUAAUCUACCAUUUUUAUACUAUAUUUCACAAUUGGAGAAUAAAUUCACAAAGGGAAUUCA